AGGACCUCAAACUUGGACCUCAAGCGCCACCUAUAGGGCUGCGAAAACGUUUGAGUUUUGCACCAGUGGGACUGGGUAGUAGGUUUUCACCUAAAGACACCAGAGGUAGGCUAGCAUAGCAUAGCUACUGUUUGCUAUCCAUAAGACGAUCAAUAACAGUGCGGCUUCCGACCAGAUGGUGGCGGUAGUGUGUCAGUCAGUUGUUUAACAAGCUCACAUAAGAUCCGAAGAAGACAUUCAACUACAACUAGCAAUGGUGAAGUUCUUAAAACAAAAAAUGAAGACUAAAGUGGUGCCAGUUCCCCCCAAAAGACGACAUUUUUUACGUAAGUACAAUCCUGACUUUUGUAAAUAGAGGAAGCGAGGCAGUGCGUGGAGUGUGACAUGACGCUAUCUAAAGCUAAAAUCUAAAUAUUGGUCUUUUUUUAUUAAUAAACCAGACUUAAGCCUUCACAUUUUUAUUGCUUGAUUUGUUCCAUGAAUUAUUAGCAAAAGUUAAGAUGGGUUUAAUCAUCUUCGUGAUGAUCACAUGUCAUGUUAUUCAUUAAACUUUAUUCCGGUUUUAGCUUGUUAGCUUGUUAAACUGUGAGUAGAUUUGGUUAAUGAGUGAAAACAAAUUGAUGAGAUCAAUUAAAUCUAUAGUGUUAAUAUUUAAUAGGCCCCGGGCCAAUGACAAAAUCGGGCCUCGACAUCAAAAAGUUUAAGAACCCCUGUACCACAGCAACAAUUGUAUCUUUUUCUGUUUACAUUUAUCCCGGGUGCAUUCUUUCAGCGCAUGCUCAGAUAUGACGUAACAGCAAGCUCGAGACCGUCUUCAGUUUUAAAAAUGGAGGCGAGCAAUCGGAACUGGACUGUCGUUGAAAGUUUGUUUAUGAUCCAAACUAACUUUCAAGGCUGGAGGGACGAAAAACUACUCGAAAUAUGGAGUUAUUCCAACAAGUGAAAGAAAAACUCGGGGAAGCCGGCACGUGAUGUUGAUGUUUACGCUUUACUGCGCAUGCCCCAUUGACUAUGCUGUUUGACUAUAGCGGUGCAUGGAGACUCCUCAUGUAAACAUGGCUACUGAGGCGUUCAAGUGUUGCUCAGUGAACAUAGCCUAUGCCGGCAAUCAUUUGGACACAAGUAUUUUUUAGUCAAUUGUAUUAAAUGAAGGUAGCUAUAAUAGUAGACAGCAGGCAAACGUGAGCGAAAAAAAGUAUAUAUCGUCUUUAAAAACCUGCCUUUUCGCAUGUUUGUAACAUUUUCGCGAGUGGGUAAAUGCAUCCAAGUGAAACUAUCGUCCACCAUUAACGAGUCGCUUUGUUGCUCAUUAAAACUGACUUUUACUAACCUUUUAGUCAUUUCCCCCCAAGACCUUUCUCCUGUCAGCCGCUUACCUCGGGUUGUGUCCCGGCGUGAGUCAAUUGAAAUCUCGGUGGUCGCCGAAGGAAUGACAGUCGGCCCCCCGGCUCGGCUGUCUUAUAGGCGGCCUCGGAGGUUUGUCUUCCCCGCCGACGAACGCCCGGAAUGUCCGAGGAUUCCUCUGGAAUUCUGCCGCUGCUGCCUCCAUAUUUGGUCGCCGCACGCAUGGAUGCAGUGUACGGCCCAAACAUGGACACGAAGACCCCCGCGAGACCACCGUGGUUCUCCCCUGGCCGUGUAAGGAAGGAAGGCACAUACACACACACUCUCUCUCGCUCUCUUUACAUUAGUCAUAUUAUGAGGUUGCAAUAGCAUCUUUUAACACAUUGAUAUAUAACGACAAUUAGGGGACCAGCUCACAUUUGAAGACGUCAUUUUCUAAUUAAUUUAAGCUAAAAAAUAAUCUAAGUGAAAUGUUAUGAAUGAUAUCAACUUAAUACACACAAUACAUAAUGACUGUUAGCUUGGUUUUCAUAUUUCGUCAUCUACAGUGUUGUGUGGCCAAUAUUGGCUGUUUAUAGAAUGAACAAUAAUAUUAAACAUAUAAAACAACAGUUAAUAAUGUUAAUAACAUUAAAACAUAGUGAGGUCAUAGAGCAUAAUUCAAUUAUCGCCCCCUGGUGGCCAUUAGCUUUCCUGCAAAGGCACUCAUCACUACAUGAAUAUAGGACCAACAUACUUACUGUUGUUCAUAUGAUGCAUCAUUUUAAUAUAAAAACAAAAGUAGCACACUGCUACCCGGACUGCGGCACAAUGCUGAGCGCAUGAGGAUGCUUUUUAAGUGACGUCUAAAAGAAGACAGAUCUCCAGCAGACAGCUGCACACUAAUUCCUCCCAAACAAAAUGGAGAACAAACUGAAGCCUGGUGUUGUUUAUCCAGCUGCUGACACACAAGGAGGUAGGAGUGUCGAGCACAGUGGAGCGUGAAAGUGGAUCAAGGAUCACUUUGCCAGUCCCAGUCGGAGUUGUCCAAACAUUUAUAGGAGGCUCGUCAUCCAGCAGCAGAAAUGAGAUGUCUCCUCCUCACACCAGCAGCAGAAGAAGAAGCAACCUGGAGGCUGAGCUGGAGAAGAAGAGCCGAGAUGGAGAAACAGCUAAACUACACGUCCUGUUUGUUCUGAACCUGCGUCGAGUGAAACCAGUACCGGAUCGCUGAAGACCUGACCGAUAUGCAGUCAUGAAGCGGGUCCGCACGGAGCAGAUCCAGUACGCAGUGGCCCAGUACCUGAAGAGGAGACAGUAUGUGGACUCCACUGAGGGUUCCCUGAAAGCAGCCAAAUUCUUCCAGACAGCUGAGGAAAUGGCUGCUGGCCUCACAGCAGUUCAGACCGAGUCAGGCUGCGCCAAUGUGGUGUCCGCAGCGCCUUGUCAGUCGGACCCGCAGCAGUAUGAGUUGCAGUACUCGAGGCUGCGCUGCUUCCUGUCAGAAGCGGACAUAUCAUGGGCAAAGGAGGUGAGCAGCAUCCUCUACCCGCUUUUUGUCUACUUCCACCUGGACAUGGUGCACUUGGGCCUGAAGGGGGCAGUUGACGGCUUCUACAGCCGUUUCCACGGCGCCUUCCUUCAGGACAGCGAGCAGCGUGCCACCAUCGAGCAGCUCCGUCACGUCCUCACCAGUCAGGACGUGGCCGCCAACCCCAGGCUCAAUGCUUUUCUGGAGCACAAGUUUGUGGUACAUCUAACGGAGCCCGCCUACAGUUACCUGCUACGCUACCUGCAGAGCGAGGACAACAGCACCAUCUGCAGGGUCCUCAGUACGCACCUGAAGCUGGAGGUGAGCGUCUCACGGCGCACCGACUACCAGUUAUACGGCGGAGCAGGCGGGAAUGCCGGUGCGCCCAACUCGACUUCCACGUGGGCGGGAGUGGACGGUGCGGAGGGCGGGGACGGGGUGGAGCUCCCUGCUGGAAUCCCACAGAGCCAGGCGGCACUGGAGGCUCUGCAGGACUGCAUCAAAAAGGUCAACGAGGGCCCCCCCUCGCUCACCACCGUGUGCUUCUACGCCUUCCAUCACACGGAGCAGCUCCUCAACGCCGCCGAGGUGUCGGCCGACAGUCGGCUGCUGGCCGCCGGCUUCGACAGCUCCACCGUCAAGCUGUGGAGCCUACGUGCCCGGAAGCUCAAAGCCAAACCGCACGUGACCGACGUGUCCCGCGUCCACCUGGCGUGCGACGUGCUGGAGGAGGAAAUGGAUGAGGAGGACGCCUCGGGCAGCGAGAUCAAGAUGCUCCGCGGCCACAGCGGUCCCGUGUAUCGAACCGCCUUCUUGACGGACAGCUCCGGGCUGCUGACCUGCUCCGAGGACACCAGCAUCCGCUACUGGGAUCUGGGCAGCUUCACCAAUACGGUGCUCUACCAGGGUCACGCGUACCCCGUGUGGGACGUUGACGUGAGCCCCUGCAGCCUCUACUUCGCCAGCGGCUCCCACGACCGCACGGCACGCCUCUGGACCUUUUCUCGUACGUACCCGCUACGGCUCUACGCCGGACACCUGGCGGAUGUGGACUGCAUCAAAUUCCAUCCCAACUCCAACUACUUGGCCACUGGCUCCACUGACAAAACCGUGCGGCUGUGGAGCACCCAGCAGGGGGCGUCCGUUCGCCUCUUCACCGGCCACCGCGGCCCCGUGCUGUCGUUAGCUUUCUCGCCUAAUGGGAAGUACCUUGCCUCUGGCGGCGAGGACCAGAGAAUCAAACUGUGGGAUUUGGCCUCGGGAACGUUGUUCAAGGACAUGCGGGGACACACGGACAGCGUCACCGGCUUGUCUUUCAGCCCCGACAGCAGCCUGGUGGCGUCCUCGUCGAUGGACAACUCUGUCAGGGUUUGGGACGUCCGCGGCUCUCACGGCGGAACGCCGACGGACGGCUCAUCCGGCGAGCUGGUGGGCUCGUACGCAGGGAACACGAGCAACGUGCUCAAUGUGCAGUUCAUGGCGUGCAACCUGCUGCUGGUGACCGGAAGCGCACACGAUAACACAGAAUCUUAGUG